GGCGAGAUGCUCUCGGACGUGAGAAGGGAAUCGCCCUGCCUUUCUCUAUCUCCUGCUUUUUCUCCGGCCUUGCUGCCCUCUUUUUUCUCCAUUUAGCCCAGUCUCCUGGCUGGGUUUCAUUUUUAUCUCCUUGGGCUUUUUAUGUUUUGGGUUGUUUAUUAUUAUUAUUAUUAUUAAUGUUGCCUACCCGUGGGAGCCUGUUUACCACCCGCUCUUCUUAGGUCCUGCUCCUCCACGCGGCUCUAUUUCAGGGGAGACCCGCGUGUCCGUUAUUCCCCACUCCACUUCUCUCUGCUCCCACGUACCCCCUGCCCCCACCCGUCACUCUGCUCGAUUUCAAACCUUCGGAUGGUAUUUUGGUGUGAUUAGGAGAUUAACAUCCCUGGAACACCAGGAGAGGAGGAGGAGGGGGGAAAGGAGAGAGAGACGGCACGAGUGAAGCUGUCCUCCCGCCGCCCCAGCCAUCCUCGGCUCCUCGGUGGCAGCGGAGGGGGCGUUUUCAGGCGCCGUUGGCUGCGAACGGCGGCUGCGAGCUGCGCCCGGUGCCCGCAUCCGCGGAGCUGCGCCGGCGAAAGCUGGCGGAGGACCUGCGGCCGCGUCUCCUGCUCGCAGCCCCCCUCUCUUUUAUGAGCAGCGAGGCGGAGGAGCGGCAGCGGGGGACAACAGGAGGAGCAUUUCUUCCCCGGGGUUUAUGAAUGGCAAUGAUAUGGAGGAAAUACCGUUCCAUAAAGUCAAGACCAAGAGGAAGAAGUGCUUCCACUGCUGCUGCUCUCCGCCCGCUGCCGCGGUGGCGGGAGCGGGAGCCAGGCUGGGGGAACCUCCUCCUCUGCUGCUGCUGGAUGCCAUUGCCUGUGAAGAUGAGUUCGACUGCAAAGAGCUGGAAGCUCUUUUCCAGAGCUACAACCUGAAGCUGGAGCAGAAGUCUACCCUCAAAGCGCUGGCCGUUCUUAUCGUGCUCACCGCCAGCCUGGCCCUUGUGGAGCUGCUCUCUGGACCCAGCUUGACCAUUUCCAAAGGCUCGCACCCGGUGCACUGCAUCAUCUUCCUUUCUCUCUUUAUCGUCACUAACGUCAAAUACCUGCAGGUCACCCAGCUGCAGCAGAUAGUCAAGCUCACCUUGCUCUUUAGCUUCACCUUCUCCUUCCUCUGCUGCCCCUUUUCGCUAGGCGCCUACGGCAUGGAACCCCCCAGCGCCCCGGAGCAGGGCAUGUGGCAGCUCAUGCUGGUCACCUUCGUCUCGUAUUCACUGCUGCCCGUCCGGACCCUGCUGGCCAUCGUUUUCGGACUCGUGGUGUCCAUCUCCCAUCUCAUCGUCACUGCCACCUCCGUCAGCGCCAAGCGGCAGCGGCUCUGGAGGACGCUUGUGGCCAAUGCAAUCCUUUUUGUCAGUGUAAAUUUGUAUGGGGUCUUUGUGAGGAUUUUGACAGAGAGGGCUCAGAGGAAGGCAUUCCUUCAGGCCAGGAACUGCAUAGAGGACAGGCUGAGGCUGGAGGAUGAAAAUGAAAAACAGGAGCGUCUCUUGAUGAGUCUUUUGCCUAGGAAUGUUGCAAUGGAAAUGAAGGAAGAUUUUUUGAAGCCUCCUGAAAGAAUUUUCCACAAGAUUUACAUUCAAAGGCAUGACAAUGUUAGCAUUUUGUUUGCAGAUAUUGUGGGAUUUACUAGUUUGGCAUCACAGUGCACUGCCCAAGAGCUGGUGAAGCUGCUAAAUGAGCUCUUUGGUAAAUUUGAUGAGUUAGCUACUGAAAAUCACUGCAGAAGAAUAAAAAUCCUAGGUGACUGUUACUAUUGUGUAUCAGGCUUAACCCAACCCAAAACGGACCAUGCCCAUUGCUGUGUUGAAAUGGGACUGGAUAUGAUUGACACCAUCACAUCUGUUGCAGAAGCCACAGAGGUUGAUCUCAACAUGAGAGUUGGAUUACAUACAGGAAGGGUGCUUUGUGGUGUCCUAGGUCUCCGAAAAUGGCAAUACGAUGUCUGGUCAAAUGAUGUUACUUUAGCCAAUGUAAUGGAAGCUGGAGGAUUGCCUGGGAAAGUUCAUAUUACAAAGACCACCCUAGAGUGCCUAAAUGGGGACUAUGAAGUAGAACCAGGAUAUGGCCAUGAAAGGAAUAGUUUCUUGAAGAAACAUAAUAUUGAAACAUACUUUAUUGUGCCAUCCCACAGGAGAAAGAUAUUUCCUGGACUGAUUCUAUCAGACAUUAAGCCCGCCAAAAGAAUGAAGUUCAAGACAGUCUGUUAUCUGCUUGUUCAGCUCAUGCACUGUCGUAAGAUGUUCAAAGCAGAGAUCCCUUUCUCCAAUGUCAUGACAUGUGAAGAUGAUGAUAAGAGGAGAGCGUUAAGGACAGCCUCUGAAAAGCUCAGGAAUCGUUCCUCUUUUUCUACCAAUGUCGUGUACAACACUCCAGGAACUCGAGUAAACAGAUACAUCAGUCGUUUGAUAGAGGCCCGGCAAACUGAGUCUGAGAUGGCUGAUUUGAACUUCUUUACCCUGAAGUAUAAACAAAUUGAGCGUGAAAAGAAAUACCACCAGCUUCAGGAUGAAUACUUCACCAGUGCUGUAGUUCUCUCACUAAUUCUAGCUGCCUUAUUUGGCCUUGUCUACCUUCUAAUAAUACCACAGAGUACCAUAGUUCUUGUUCUCCUGGUGUUCUGCAUAUGCUUCCUAGUGGCUUGCAUUAUGUACCUACAUGUCACAAGAGUACAAUGUUUUCCAGGGUGCCUAACAAUACAGAUUCGUACCAUUUUGUGUAUAUUUAUUGUGAUCUUAAUAUACUCUGUGGCUCAAGGAUGUGUGGUUGGCUGCAUGCCUUGGGUUUGGAAUACCAAUUCCAGCAGUUCGAUAGUUAUCAUUUCUCCUGGUGGAACAAAUAAAACAAUGAAUGAACUUCCAUGUGAUACAGCCCACUAUGCUUUCCUUUCCUGUGUAGUGGGGACUCUCACCUUGGCAAUAUUUCUACGCGUAUCUUCCUUGCCAAAAAUUAUACUGCUGCUUUUUGUUACUAUUUUGUACAUAGUUGUUCUGGAACUCAGUGGUUACAGAAAAGCAGUGGGGGGUGGAUCCUUUUAUAUGCGAGGCUAUGAACCAACACUAGCUAUUUUGCUAUUUUCUUGUGCUUUGGCACUGCAUUCGAGACAGGUGGACUUGAAGCUACGUCUGGACUACCUCUGGGCUGUGCAGGCAGAAGAAGAGAGAGAUGAUAUGGAGAGAGUCAAGCUGGAUAAUAAAAGAAUUCUCUUCAACCUAUUGCCAGCACAUGUUGCACAGCAUUUUCUUAUGUCUAAUCCAAGGAAUAUGGACCUUUAUUACCAGUCAUAUUCACAAGUGGGAGUGAUGUUUGCUUCCAUCCCAAAUUUCAAUGAUUUCUACAUCGAACUGGAUGGCAAUAAUAUGGGAGUGGAGUGUUUACGCCUGUUAAAUGAAAUUAUUGCUGAUUUUGAUGAGCUUAUGGACAAAGAAUGUUAUAAAGACAUAGAAAAAAUCAAGACAAUUGGAAGUACAUAUAUGGCAGCUGUGGGACUUGUACCUACUUCAGGAACUAAGGCUAAAAAAUCAAUUUAUUCCCAUUUGAGUACACUCGCAGAUUUUGCAAUAGAGAUGUUUGAUGUUCUUGAUGAAAUCAACUAUCAGUCUUACAACGAUUUUGUCCUGAGAGUUGGUAUUAAUGUUGGGCCUGUAGUAGCUGGAGUCAUCGGAGCCAGAAGACCACAGUAUGAUAUCUGGGGAAACACUGUAAAUGUUGCCAGCCGGAUGGAUAGUACUGGGGUGCAGGGGAAAAUUCAGGUGACAGAAGAAGUUCAGCGAAUAUUAAAGAGGUGCAGUUACGAAUUUGUGUGCAGGGGUAAAGUCAGUGUAAAGGGAAAAGGCGAAAUGUUGACCUAUUUACUGGAAGGAAAGGCCAAUGGAAAUAAUUCACAAACACAGUCUUUAAACUUAGAGCGGAAAAUGUAUCCUUAUGGGAAAGCAAAUGUCCAAACAAAAUUAGGCACCAGCUGUCCGUCAGUGUCCUCAGUUGCUAGCUUUACUCUAAAAGCUGGCCCUGGAGCAGAUCAAACAUCUACCACUCACACAAAUCAAACACUGCAUUAUCUUCCUUCUGUGCCAGCUGUGAAGGAGGCAUAGAGCAAAGGAAAGUUGGUUGUGCCAUUUGUUAUGAACAUGGAGAGCAAUGGUUGCCUGAAUUUUUACCUAAAGAUCAGAGGUCAUAGGCCAUGGCAUUAACCAAGGACCACUACAACCCAACCAAAGAGAGAUUGGGAACUGUGUAAUGAACUCUUGGGGUGGAACAAAUAAGGGCUAGAAAUUCUGUUAGAAGAGUCAAAAACUGAUUUUCUGGAAAUAAGGAAUAUUUUCUUGGCAUUUUUAAUGGAUAAAUGAAAAAAAAAAGAUAAACAUUUAUUUGUGUGUGUGUGUAUAUCUUUUAAUCUGUAUAUGCACAUAUACAAACACUCCUACGUAGACCUAAUAUAUAUAUACACAAAAAUAAAAAUAUGUAUUUAUUUACACAUCCACUUGCAAUGACAUAUCAAAGAGAUUUCUCUUUCUGUCAUAGCCAGCACUGUUUAGUCUGGGAUAAGAAAAGCUGCAUGUGGAGUAUGUGGCAGAUGAAGGUUAUCUUGGGCUACAGCAAGAGUUAGAUAAACUGUUCCCAGUGCAUGAGUGAACAAAAACUUUUUCAUUGCACUGUCAGUGGCCAAGAAAUGAAGGCUGGAUUCAGCAAAUUGCUAAAUACUAUGCAUUUUUAAAUUUCUACUUCCACGCUCCCAAAACUUACAUUGAGAUAUAAAGCAGAUGAACAACAGAGCUUAAAUUUUGGCAGAAGAGCAAUAUGAUGGGUUUUAUUUGAUGUUUGUUUAUUUAUUUGUUUGUUUUUUAAAGAAAAAAAAACAUAAAGAUUGAUAGUUUUUAAAAUGGCUGAUUCUUUAGAAGUCAUUUGAUUCUUUGUAAGGAACCACCCUGUAAA